ACUUUCCCACCUUAAAUACUCUCAUCUCUCCUCCCUAAAAACAAAUCAUCUCAAAAAAAAAAAAAAAGAACUCUCAUCUCUCACUUUCCACUAUGCAAAAAAGCGCUUCAGCUUCUUCAUUAGGCGCAGGAGGCCUAGACCUGUCUCAGAUCUUCUUCAAACCAAUCCAAAACACAUCUCCGCCAUCACCCACCAAACGCCACACCAAAAUUUCUGUUAUUGGUACCGGCAAUGUAGGCAUGGCAAUAGCCCAAACAAUUUUGACGCAAGACUUAGCCGACGAGCUUGCCCUUGUUGAUGCCAUACCUGACAAGCUCCGCGGAGAAAUGCUUGAUCUCCAACAUGCUGCAGCUUUUUUACCCCGCACCAAAAUUCUUGCAUCCACUGAUUACUCUGUCACUGUUGGAUCUGAUCUUUGUAUUGUUACUGCUGGGGCUCGACAGAUUGCCGGGGAGUCGAGGUUGAAUUUGUUGCAGAGGAAUGUUACAAUGUUUCAGGGGAUUAUACCUCCGCUUGCUCGGUAUUCUCCUGACGCGAUCUUGAUGAUUGUGUCGAAUCCUGUUGACGUGUUGACUUAUGUGGCCUGGAAGUUGUCGGGGUUUCCUUCGAAUCGGGUUAUUGGAUCUGGUACCAAUUUGGAUAGCUCCAGGUUUCGGUUCUUGAUUGCUGAUCAUGUUGAUGUUAAUGCCCAGGAUGUACAGGCCUACAUUGUUGGUGAGCACGGGGAUAGUUCUGUGGCAUUAUGGUCUAGCAUAAGUGUAGGAGGAGUGCCCGUAUUGAGCUUCUUAGAGAAGCAGCAAAUACCCUAUGAGAAGGAUGCACUGGAGAAAAUCCACAAAGCAGUUGUAGAGAGUGCAUAUGAAGUGAUUAGUCUCAAAGGCUACACAUCUUGGGCAAUUGGGUACUCAGCUGCUAACUUGGCUCGGUCCAUUCUCAGAGACCAGAGGAAAAUCCACCCUGUUUCCGUUCUUGCAAAUGGGUUUUAUGGCAUUGGCGAUGGGGACGUGUUCUUGAGCUUGCCUGCACAGCUAGGUAGAGGAGGGGUUUUGGGGGUGACCAAUGUGCAUUUGACGGAUGAGGAGGCACAAAGGCUCAGGAACUCUGCUAAGACCAUCUCGGAGGUGCAAAACCAGUUGGGACUUUGAGGUCAAUGGACAUUUGUUCUAUUCGUUGCGCUUUGGAGUAAUUGCGAUGGUGAUAUUCGUCCUGUCACUCUUGCUAGAAGAACUUGGACUGUGGGAACUUAUGUUGCAAAAGCACGCUGGCUUUAAGACAUGCUUAGCCAACUGUACGGAUUGGAACUCUUUUUGGAAAAUCUGCAGCAUUCAUUUCAAACAAGCCUGGUUAGAGCAUCCAGAAGGAGAGAUGUUAUUUAGAA